UCGACAGUUAUGCUUAAUGCAUCAGUGAACUUUAUAUAUUGCAGUACAAAUACUGUCAUGGUUCUGCUGUAUCAGCAUCUGAUACAGAUUAAAUAAACCGCAGUAUGGCUAUUGCAAAAAAAUAUUCUUUGCUUAAGUGGUGAACUAAUACAUUUAAGUGAGUUUGACAUUACAGCAGCACACAUCUAUAAUGUUUCUGAAACUGGAUAGGGAGCAUCAGCACUGACUCAAUUGAUCUAGGGGUCGUAUUGACAGUUUAACAUCCAAAGGUGAGAAUGUAAACAUGCCGAUGUGGGUGUGACUGGAGUUUAGGUAGGCGUGUGAAUAGUGGACAGGAACAAAUGCUCUGGGGAAGAGACAGGGAACAAUAGUGCCCUUUGGAACAGGCAUGACUCACGCAUGAAGGACUAUCUUUCAUAAGAGAAAGUACAGAGUCCCAUUAAAGGACACCUGAGAAAGGAACCAAAAACUCACCCAGGACCACCAAAGCACUGAUCUCAGCUAUGCCAGGUCAGUAGAAAAUGAUCAUUGUCAGUGUAAACGAUUAUUUAGCAAAAGGAGAAAAUUAGUGAUAAUCCUUAUAAUAUUUAACUGUGUUUAACCACUGGACCUGCUUUAAAUGACUUUGGAGCUCCAGUCAAUGAUUUAGUUUUUGAAGUGUUUCAGAUUAAUUUGUUACUUUCUGCCAGAUGUAAAAAAGCAUUUAACUGCUAGCACUCUCUCUCUGUUAAUUUGAAAGUAAGUGGUGUGGGUGCACUUACUUUAAUUACAAAGAUCAGCAAUGGAAGAUUUUGUUAUGCAUAUUAGGGGUCAGGUGGGUUUUCUCCUGCUCUAUUUAUUUAUUUUUGACCAUAGACUGUAGAAUUCUUAUGCACAAAGUAUAUAUUUAUACAUAAAUACUACAUGUGUUUGCUAAAAAAAAAAAAAAAAUCAAGAUAUACAGCGACUCCCUUUUUUGUUUUUCUCUCAUCUUCUAUUUUGUAAAGGUGCAUAUUAUUCUGAGCAUCUCUUUGGUAUUAUUUAUCUUCCUGUCUUGUUUAAUCAGUAAAAAGUAAAUUUUUCUCAUACUGAGUCACUGAAUGGCUGUCAGCAGUUUCUUUGUUUAUUAGACACAGCUACAUUGCUUAACCUUGUUCUUAUCUUUUGCCCUUCAUUGCCGGGCCAGCAGUGUUUUCUUAUCAACAAUGCAGCUCAGAAUGCACUCUCUGAGCAUGUAGCAGCUGUUCUUCUACGUCUUACAAAGCAGAAUUUGAAACUCUUUGUAAAUAAGGUCAGAUUGCCCAUUUUGCAGCACAGCUGUGAUGUUGUUAAUGUUAAUAAUGCAAGUUAUCAAUAAACCCUCAAAAUUGUGUCAGCAGCACAAGCAAAGCCCAAUUUCAUUUAGAAAAAUGGACACAUAAUUGGUGGCCACAUCCAUCUUUAAGCAUCAAUCCUUAAAACAAGACUGAUGAUUGGUGUCAGAUUCUUUGUGGCUUGUUCUCUCUCAUGGUCCAUUUCUGUAUUUAAUCUGUGUGCUUCUGGCCACGCCACUGUCCAGAUAUAGAUAGAUAGAUAGAUAGAUAGAUUUCAAAGAGGGUGCUAAAUUAUAUUUCCUCUGUUAACUAGAAAAGAAGUAAUAAACUGAUGAAUGAACUGUUGAAUGAAAUGUCUGCCCACUGACUCUCAGAGGCACCAUUGUUCAUUAUUCACACUUAAACUGCAGUGAGCCCAUUGUAGCAUGUGAACAUACAGAAAGACAAUGUGUAAUAUCACUGUAUUACAAAUAAAAGAAGAUUCAUCUCAGCCCCAUUGAGAAAUGUUGUUUCCAUAGCAACAGGGGAAGAACGAUGGUUAAGCCAGAGAGACAUAGAGAGGGAGUGCACUUCUUUAUAAAGAAAGAGGUAAAAGAGAAACACAUUUUCACUGUGUUUGUGUGUGUACGCAUGGUCACAAAAGACAGGGAGGGCAGUUCAAGACGACAAGAAGCUGGCUGUCCAUCCAUUGAUUUCCUUCACAUUCAUUCAAGUGUUUCCCCUUUAUUUUCUGUCAGAUGCAUGAAGGGGCAUCAACGCCGGCGGCUUAACCACCUCCUCAUCUCCAUAUUCUCCUCCUCCUCUCAAUAUCCAAUCUCCUUCAGCGCUCCACCACAUCACUCAUAUAGUCUUUCCCCACAACACCCACACAAACACAGGCACACACAUUCCCUCUCCAUUCUCUCUCUCUCAUACACUCCCUCCUGCCUAGAGAUCUGAAGAUGUGACUGAGGCUGGUUUGUAAUCAGAUGAAAGACGAGUAUAAUGCCGAAGCUCCCUCCAUCUUUUUCACUGCUGGAGUGGGGAUGCUGAAGGAGAGGACAAGGGCCAGGAUGGUGACGUGUGACUGAGAGAUCUGUGCUGACGGAGAUUCUGCCUUUUAUAAGGACCUGGACUGACGCUGUACUUUUGGGAGUCUGGGAUGACCACAGAGAGUGGACGGGUGAAGACAGGGCUGAGAGGACAUCACAGGGAGCUUCAUCUGUGACUGGGACAAAAGCAGAUAUCCAAUGGCAGAGGCUGGGCACACUGUGUCAUUCCCAUCAGGGGACACAAUCCCCUCAGACCCUUUUGUCACAGUUGAGUGCAGUUCAGCAGAGGUGAAGCCUGAAGAUGCACCCCUGAAGAGCUCCAAUGAAGCAUCAUACUCCUCAAAAGACCUCAAGGAUGGCAGCCAGGUUGAUCAACAAGAUGCAAGUGGUCACGGUAUUGCUGAGACCCACAUGUCUGACGAUGUGUGUUUAAAGUCACUGAGCGAUCAGAAUAAACAUACAUGUAGCUGUUCACUAACAGUGCACGGGGAACAUGUCUUAUCUCCUCACAAGGACCUAAAAGAGCACAGUCCGUUAUCAAUACAGAGAGGCCACUCAGACAGCUUGCAGAUUUUUAAAGAGGCUGACGCUUCUCCUCUCUACUGUGAAACGGAUGCGUCUUUUUGCCAAGGACGAGACCAGGAUGUUUGUAUGCAGUCAUUUCCUUCUUUAGUGUGUAAACAGGCCAUGCCGCUUCAGCAGAGCAAUACGGUGACCACGUCCACCAGAGCAGGAAGCAGUGGAUCGGCCAGCCCAACUCAACCAGCCAAACAUGGCUUCAUUCAGAUCUGUGAAGUCAUUCCAGAGUCCACCUGCCCCAAAUUCAAAGAAGCUGUUUGUUGUAACACACACUUCCCCAACGGAGCUGUCGAGGACACUUUUGCGGCAUAUUGCCACCCGCAACCAAUUCCUGCUCCGGCACAGCUGCUUCCGCACUUAGUAGGAAUGGAGGAGAGCUACAAGGGCCAAGUAUCAGCAGGCAACCUGCUCGCUCUCCCUCGGCUCAUAUCUUCCGUCAGUGAGACCGGAUUGAACGGUAAGCGACUCCUUCACUGCUACAAUCUGGACUGCUCUUGGCCUGGUCCGUUCCAUCCAGUUGGUGCCCAACAGUGGGUGGAUGAAAAGACCAAGAGGGAAGUGGGGACCAUGACCGCAGAAAAAGAACUGAGAGAUGUAGGAGUACAAGUGGGUCAGGACUCUGAGGAGCAUCCCCAGCACGUGUUCCCAGAAGUGUGCCUGGUGGAAGAGAAGACAAACGCGAGUGGCAAAGUGGCGUCAAAGAGUCAAAAGUCUCCUGUGAAGGAGGUGAAAUGGGAUGCGGAGGGCAUGACCUGGGAGGUGUACGGAGCCUCAGUUGAUCCUGAGGAACUCGGACUUGCAAUUCAGAAACAUCUGGAGGUACAAAUCAAAGAGACUAAGGGAAUAGCGGCGAAACUCUCACGCCAGAACACGAUAACAUCCCAAUACAGCUCAGGAUCAACCCAGAGGAGAAAAAAGGGCUUGUUUGGGUUGCUGCGCCGCCCGGGCUGCUGUUCUCGCACCACAGGUGCAGUGGACUAAAGGACCUACAUGAGUGAGACCCCAAAUAGACAUUUCAAAUACUCUUGGGUAUAAAUUUGACAGCCAAGUAAAGAUUAAAAAUUGGGAUUUUUUUUCAAAAGUACUUUCUUUUUGUCCUUGUAUAACAGAACUGGGUAAUACAUUUCAGAAAAAUCAUGACUUCCUUUCAUUUUUAACACCUCACUUAAAUGCUGUAGUAGUUUCCUCAGUGGGUUAAGAACUCUUUUAUAAUUUAUGGAAAGAUUGUGGGUUAUUUUAUAAGUCAACUGCUCUUUGGUUUUUGUUUUCCAUCAGCAAAUCAUAAUGAUUAUGACUAAGUUCCUGUCUUGCAUUAGUCUAUGUGGAAACGUCCAUUGAAUGAAAAACUUUUAUUGUUUAAUUCCGUGGAAGCACUGUGAUGGAGGUUUAGAGAAUACUGUAACUGUGGCGCUGACUGUGGGUCGAAACAUGACAGUAAGACAGACGGUAUCACAAAUAUGUGUAAAUACUUUUACAAAUAAAACACUAUUUACAAUACAAUACCAUUCAAAA